GUGAGUGAGGACAGGCCGGGGUGGAUUCGGCCUGAUCGAACAAGCCGGGGCGGAUGCAGCGGAAUUGAUUCAUUUGUGGUUCCAGCCGUUUUUUGUUUUUGAUCACACCAUCUAUUUCGGCCCCAUCACCCAAGGCCGACCACCGAGGCCUAUACCAUCACAUUCCCAUUGCCAGAGUCCAGAAUCGACGCACGAUGGGCCCCAAGAAGACCAUGACCCUCGCCGUCUCGAAGAAGCGAAGCGCUCCUCCUGCGAAAGCCCGCUCCGGAGGGACACCGGGAAGCAAAAAGAUCAAAACCGAAUCGGCCGGCCAGUCAUCUGGCAGCGCCAGCCAGAGCUUGGACAGCACAAAGCGUCGCCGGGAGGUCGACGAUGCCGACGAAAACGACGACAAUGAUGAAGAGAACGUUGAAGCCAUUGACGAGAGUGAAGAGAAGGUGGAAGCUCCGGUUGGAUUUGUGGACUCGUUUGACUUUUCCGGGCCGGUCGACGACAAGGCGGCGGACGAGGCCGGUGACGGCGAUGACAUCGACGGUGCCGACGACGGUGCCGACGACGAAGGCGACGAGAGCGAUGACUUUAUCGACGAGCUGGACGAUGAUCUCGACGAACUCGAAGGGGAAGACCAGGACGGGGACGAUGAUGCAGAUGCAGAUGAGGACAGCGAUGUGCCUGAUGGCCAGCUUGUAGAGAAGCAGCAAGACGACAGCAAAGGCAGCAAGCUCGCAUCAGCCAUCGGCAGGAUUCUGUCCAAGAAACUGUCCAAAGGCGACAUUGAUCGCCCCAUCCUGGCCCAGAAAAAGGAGAUUGAGCGAGCCAUUGACGAAGAGAAGCUCGAAUCUAAAGCGACCCGGACAAUCUCGGUACAGAAGAAAGCCGAGCUGGAACGGGGACACGUCGUUCCAGAUCACACAACCACCGACUACGAGAAGAAGCUGAGAAAGCUGGCCACCAAGGGUGUCGUCCAACUGUUCAAUGCCAUCCGGGCUGCUCAAAAGUCAGCCGAUGAAGUGAGCACUGGUGUCCAGAAGAACAACCAAGCCGUCCCGGUUGUUUCAAAAAGCAGCUUCCUAGACAUGAUCAAGCGCCCGCAAAAGUCGGCCAGCGGCUCUACGGAUGAGACUCCCAAGCAGUCACAGCCCGAUGCAUCAAAGAAGGACACGCCGGGCGGCGGGGUGGCGUGGACAAAGUCGGACUAUAUGCUCCAAGCUCCAAAGCACUGGGACGAAUCGGAUGGCGAAGAGUCUGCGUAGAGUGUGUGGUUGGCUUUGCAGCCAGUUUGGGAGGAGGUGAUCGAUGGGCCGAGCCAUUCUGAGCGAGGAUUGAAUAGAACCUCCGGUAUCACGUCCCCGCGAAAUGAAACGAGCCACAGACUUUGGAUCAUCGGUGGCGAUUGUCUGAGCUGUGGAGAAAUACAUGCUCACCCGCUCGCCUCACGCAGGCAUCCCAUAU